UACCUUCUGAUAAUAUAUCGCUUCUAGGUUAUUACGCAGACACGUGAUUGAAUUCACAACAAUAGACCAUAUUGAUUGCUACUUUGUUUUUAUAACUUCGUGCGUGUGUAGAAAAGGAAACGAAUAUAAGACACAGCUUAGAGAACUGAAACGAAGUCAAAAUGUCCCACCAUCAUAGAGUCCCUGCCUAUGCCGAUAAUUCAGAAACUUAUGUAGCAACUAGGUUUUAAACCAAUGACCUUGCGGCAUUCAACAAUCCACACGGCCGCUGGCAAUAAGUUUGGAUACGGCAUAUUCAUGUUCUUUGACUGGUGCUGGUACUUUCCUUUGUCAGUUGAGCAACUAACACCAAUCGAAUCCGCACCGUAGACGAAACCUGGCGUUCUGACAUCAGGCUGCAGAUAUGGCUGACAGUGUAAAACUUCUUACAGAAAAUCGGUCCAAAUCCGAUUCGUACAAGAUAUUCUUUUGUGAUGUGUGCCAGAAGAGUGUUCAUUUUAACGACAAGGAAAACCACAUCAACGGGAAUAAACACCAGUACAGGGUGCGAAAAAAUAAUAGGAAUAGCGGAGAUGAGCUUGACGCUGCCUUGGAGUGCCCUGUUUGCACAACGAAAUUUACGAACGAAGAUUUUUAUAAGAACCAUUUAGGAAGCAAAACACACAAACGAAACUAUAAGCGACAACAAAAACUAAUAGAAGACAGUCAGGGAGAUGGACAAUCUGUUGACCUAGUUAAAUCAUUCUCUGGAAAGCCGAUUGGCAGGCGGAUGAUCAAAAGUGAUUCAAAUUUAUUUGUAGUGGGAGCGGAUGAAUCGAUUAGCUUAGAGGCGCUGACUGAAUUCCCGGAUUAUUAUUAUCAUCGUGAGAAAUACCACGUGAAAAACACCAAACUCGACGAAGGACAAUUAAGGUUGUACAUCUACUCCGCCGUGGCCUACUGGGCCGUAAGUUUGGCGCUCGACGCUAACGUCAAGGACUAUCGGAUAUCGGUCAACAGUCGAGAGUGGAAAGGAUUCGGGGACGUUAUAAUCGAGCUUCACUCGAUCGAUUCCGGGGAAGCGGAAACAUACGUCAUCAAAUUUAAACAGGUCUCCGACAACAUGAAGACCAUCGACUCGGUAACCAACGGUAAAUUCAACUUUAGGAAGACGAUAGCGAAAUUAUGGGAAUCCACAUCGACGGAGGACGUCCGUUCGGUAAAAUUCGUAUACUUCACUACGGCGCAGCUGAGUAAAGACAUCGGAAAGACUUUCAUGGUGAAACCGGCUUCCGGCGAAGAAAAUGUCGCGAUAAAACUGAAACCUACGAGUAACAAACGCAAAGACGUACUCAACACGACGAACGAUAACGAAAACGUAUACGCAUUCACGCCAGACAAAAAUACAACCAGUCAGUUUCCGAAUAUAUUCCUCUAUAGCCACCAGAAAAGGGAAAAGUUCUUCGGGGCCAACGUUUACGCGCUCAUUUCCGGAAAAUUCGAAAAAUGCAGGGAAAUUCAGUCCGACGUCGUAAGAUUCGUCGAGCAUUGGGGUGAGGGGAAGCUGGGAGGAAAUUACAAGCUGAAGAAGGAAGACGUCGCGUUGAAGAUUGGCGAUUUGCUGCUCGGCGAGCACAGACUGAAUCCGGAAACGUUCUCGUUCUAUAACGGCUCGUCUUUCAAAAUAUGGGACUUCGCCGUUAAUAGCGUAGACGUUACCGUGUUGAAGAAGCACCCUUUUAUAAUGGCGAAAGUAUGUCAGCCGUUAAAUACGAGGAUAGAGAGGGAACUCGGCGUCCAAAUCGAGACUAGCACCAAAACGGUUAAAAUAACCGCGGCCAAUUUGGACGGGAUAAAGAAUCCAGUGCUGAAAAUGUUCCUGUUCGAAGAAACUUCGGGGAAUCCGAUCGACGAUAUCCCGCUGGACACGAUCUACGUGAUGUUUUGGAAAGCGGGUUUGCUGCCGUUGAUGCUGCAAGCGGAAGACGCCAAAAGUCAGCACUUUAUACUGAGCGUUGUGGAAUUUGUUAAAAGUAUGAACGUCGAUCGACGGUAUUUGCUCAAGUCGUACGACCGGGAUGUAAAAAAAUUCGUGAAACCUUUCAAAACGUUGAAGUUCUUUAUCCAUCUCGACGAUCUAACGGAAAUGCCGUCCGCUAUAUUUAACCACCUGAAGAUAUUCGUCAGCGAACACUUCGAGAUCAGCCUGAAAACUAUUAAGGAAAAUGACGUUUAUUUUCAGAAAAGUUUAACGACCAACGAAUUUUUUGAUAUAUGCGUGGGCAAGUACUCGUUCAAGCCGUUGGAUAACGUGCUGAAGACGCACGAGGCUGCGGAAAUCAAAUUAAUUUUGGACGACGCUCUGAUGUUUAAACUGAGAGACGAAAUAUCGCCAAAGAAGAACAUUUUGUUUCACGUGAGCGACGAAAGUCAGUGGUUACGCGGCGUCAAUCCUAAUAUCUUUUAAUUCAUCUAUGAGACAGUGUUGAGUUCAAAAUUAUGUAACUUGCUUUUUUAUUUCGUUUUUCUUAGACAUGCCGGACAUUUCAGUCAACGUGACAACAGGGCGUUGCACGCCAAACCGACAAAGGCUGCGUUUCUGCUAGACCAGUAACAAUGUGAGAUACAGUCCAUUUAUAGUAAAAAAAAUUCAAUAAAUAUUAAGUGAUUGAGGAAACGCUUGUAUUAUUAAACAAACAUAGUGGUCCAUCGAGUGGAGAGUUUUCAUUCCAGCAACAAAGCGCAGCUGAGCCAAGGCGGCGCGGCGCGGUGCACAAAGCAU